UCGACCAAGUCGAGCAAUCCAACAGCCAGGAUGGAUGCAGACGAGUCGUACUUCAGCCGGCUGUGGGAGGCAGAGUCCCCGGAAGCGCUGCUGGAGGUCCUUCUGGAGAUACAAUCCAAAAUUGAUGCCAUGACAGCGAGGGAUGGGGGCAACGUUUCUGCCGUGUGCAUCAUAUCCACGUUGGAUUCACAUGAACGCCAGAAUGCCCGACUGUGGACUAGUACCGCCAUCGACAUCAAGCACGCUAUUCAUGACCGCGUUGUGGAGACACCGGCUACACCAAGGAAACUGACCUUAGUCAAGGAAGCCAGCGACCCCAGCUACGCCCUCAACGUGUUAAUGCGGCUGACGUCGUUUGGGCGGUCCAUGUCGGGGGCUGGUGGGGGAAGUGCCGCCACGACACCCGGCGGUGGGUUCCACCACACCCACCAUCCGUCCUUGGAACACAACAUCAUUGACCAGCAGCCUUCGGCAACCGACUCGCUGCUGCGCUCCCUGGGGUCGCUUAUGGGGUUUGUCGAGACGUGCUACUGUCAAAUCUGCCUCGAAUACGUCGACGUCGCGACGACCAUCGCACUCGACGCAUGCGGCCAUCGGUUCUGCAUCGAGUGCUUGGAAGGCUACGUGACGUCCAAGAUCACGGACGGCAUGGUGUAUCCCACGUGCUUCUUCGCAUUUCCCCCCGAGGACGGCGGCGCUGUCCCGUCCACGUGUCAUGCCGCCAUCCAGGCCACCGAUCUCCGCGCCCUCAUCACGUCCGAGGAUGUGUGGGCCAAGUACGAAAAGUUCAAAUUCAACAAGGAGCAUGCGAAUGCUCGAGAAUGCCCGCAUUGCCACCACGUCCAAGUGAGCGCCGCCGCCAACCCGACCAUCUCAUGCGACGCGUGCCGCCAAGUCUACUGCUUUAGCCACAGCAAUGCCCAUCCUGGUAUGUCUUGCGCCGACUACGAAAAGGCGCGCCGCGCAGAAGACAAGCUGAACCACGCCAAGAUCAGCCAAAUCGCAAAGUUUUGUCCAGGCUGCAAGUCCCCCGUAGAAAAGAGCGGCGGAUGCAAUCAAAUGAAAUGCAUCACUUGCGGCAUCAACUUUUGCUGGCUGUGUGGCCAAGAAGUCGGCGACGGGGUCUUCCCCGAGCAUUUUCAAGUACGUCCAGUCCCCCCCUCCCAUCGCUCUUACUUUGCCUGGUCAAGAGUGAUGAUCUCGACCUACUUGUGUACUUCUCGACCUACUUGUGUACUUCUCGACCUACUUGUGUACUUCUCGACCUACUUGUGUACUUGUUGUGGACGCAGGAUAUACAAUGUAUCUCGUGGGAAGUCAAACAUGUGAAAGACGUCAUCUAUCUUGUGUUUUUGUGUAGUGGUGGAACUUAGCUGGGUGUGCCGGCGCGCAAAUGUCCGAGGCGGCGACUCGCAAGCCGUCGUUCGCGCACAAAGCGAUGAUGUUUCUGUUUCGCCUCGCGCUUUGCGUGAUAUUUGGUCCACCUGCGCUGGUCCUGACCCUGGCAUGCUCGGCGUUGGCGUGUUGCUGUGUGCCGUGCCUCAUCAGUGACCGCGACUCGGCCAUGUCGGCCUUCCUCGGCUGCUUUUGCAUCUCUGGGUGGGUAUUUAUGGUGCCCGUGGUGAUUGUGCUGGCGCUGCCAUUCCUUCCGUUUGUGUUGGUGGCGAGUUAUUUCUGGCCAGAAUGGAUGCAACAGUUCUGGCAAGACCAAAACGAAGGUACAGAAGCGGAAGCGGAAAUGGACGUGCCGUCAGUGGCUGCCAGAGGAAGAGGAGCGGAAGCCGACCUCUCGGGGCCGUAUCAGUCUGUAUAGCAAAAACUAGUACAGGACUACUACUAUCAUCGCAGUAGGACCACACGGCAUAGGAGUGUGGCAAAUAGGAUAACUUAACAGGUUCGCGUAAUAUGUCGACCACACAAACCUCGAUACGCGAUUUUUGGUUUAGACACAUAAUAUGAACCUUGCAAUGGUGGAACGGAACG